AUCUAACUCUCUCAAUCAAAUCAACUCUGCAGCAGGUGCGCAAACGUGAAACCGUCCAGUGGACAAAAAGGAUUCUGUUGCCUGAAAAUGUGACAGUUCAUUCGAAGUUUAAUGUGGCCGUCGGAAAAGCACAGAAAUAAGACAAACCAUGGAUGGAAUAAAACUGGAGCUAGGUGUUUCUGUGCUGAAGAAACGUUUAUUUUUUCGAGCGAGCUAACGUUAGCUAGCAACCUGUUGGCUAGCAUCCAACGGCUAAUGGCCACGUUGAAGGACCACCCACUGAACUGACGUCCUGUGUCAGAAGAUGGAACAAGCCGUUGGAUGUCUUUGUGCUUCACUGUCACAUAAAUGACAUGUUUGGGCUCUCUCAGCUGUCAAGACACAAACACACCACUUUUGCCAUGUAGAGUGUCGGCCAGAGGGGGACACCAACCUGCACAGGACCACGAGCCAGGUCGAGAGAAGAGAAAGGGUCCCAUGAUCUCUGCCGGUGAUGCUGAGUUCCCGCGGGAUUACCACACCCUGGCUGGCGGCGGCCGCGGGGCCCGGCGGUUCCCCGACAACACCAAUGGGGGCUUCACAUCAUCCUCGCUGGACCGCCGGCACAACUCGGUGGCCGCCAAGAGCCUGGAGGCCCUGAACAGCAUCCAUAAGGCGGACAUCGAGCGCCAGCGAGACGCCCUCAUGGAUCUCCAGAAAAACAAGUACUCCAACAGCCCAGGCAGCCUGUCGCAGGGCUCGGCUCCUGCCGGACGACAGCAACAACCAAACUACUGGAGCUUCAAGACUCGCACGCCACGUGUGACACGACUCAGCCCAACACAGCCGGCUCUCGCUGACCAGGCCAGCAGGGUAUCCUUUGCGUCAGCAGAAAAUCUAGAGACCAUGUCGGAGCCUGAUAUCCCCAUCGGCUUCAACCGGAUGAACCGGCUUCGCCAGAGCCUGCCGCUGGCUCGCUCAUCCAGCCAGGCAAAGCUGCGGGCGCCAGGGAUCUUGUUCCUCCAGCUUGGAGAGGAGACUCGCAGGGUGCACCUGACCCACGAGCUGACCAGCCUGGACACUCUGAGGGCCCUCAUUGUGCACAUGUUCCCCCAGAGGCUCACCAUGGCCAUGCUCAGGUCUCCCAGCACGGCUCUGCUGAUCAAAGAUGAAACCCGUAACGUUUUCUACGAGCUGGAGGACCCGCGUGACGUUCAGGACCGCUGCGUAAUUAAGAUUUACUGCAAAGAGCCCAUCUACGGCACCUACCCCGGGCACCACAACCCACACCUGGCUAAUGGAGACCUGCGGAGGGAGAUGGUGUACGCACCACAGGACUCUCCACCCAACCGCCGCCUCAGUAACCCACCGAUGUCUUCCCAGCAUUCAUCGUCCUCUGCCUCCCCUCAAGCUUCACCGUCCCGCGCUCGCCUCCUCUACAGCGGUGGCAGGCCUUCUUCCUAUGCCGGGCCGCCCCACCACACCCACUCCCUGCCGCACCCGCACUCCCAGUCCCACCACUCCUCUCCCCACCAGCAACCACAGCUCCACCAGCCCCAUCACACCCAGCAGGCCUUCGUCGCCUCCUCCAGCGCCAUCCUGGAGCGCAGGGACGUGAAGCCUGAUGAUGAAGUGGGGGGGUCGAGGAGCAUGGUGCUGCUGCGGGGAGAUGAACGUGGGGGAGGGGGGAUCUACGCCGAUCCCUACUCUCUGGGUCCAGACCCGAGUCGGCUGAGUCUGGCAGGAGGUCCUCACUCCCCUCUACCAGCUAGAGCAGACCCUUAUGGCUCCUUAUACCGCCGUGGAGGAGGAGGAGGCGGAGGUGGAGGAGGGGGAGGUGCUGGAUCAAUGCGUUCACUCACCUCCUAUACAGCAGCUGCUUUACAAGGAGAGCUAAUGGAAUCUGGUGCUCUCUACAGACCAGGAGGACCGCUUUAUAAUGAUGCCUACGCUGCGUCCAUGUUGGCGAUGGGGCUGCGGGUGCCACCGCCUUCUUCCCCACAGAAGAUACCCGACAUGAGGGAUUCAUACGGAGGCACCAUGCCCGGGCGGGGCUCCCCUGGAAGGCAGAGUUUGAGAAGGGACUCAGUGACCUCAUCAGUGUUCGGGGACAGUCCCAAGGCCCGGGGCCAGGGCUCAGGGCUGGGCCUGACCUCAGAGCAGCUCUGCUUGAUGGCCGGUCCUGGUGGGGAGGGAGGCGGUACUGGAGGCUUCGGAUCUCCUCUGUUAGGGAAUGAAACAGAAACUAGGGAGCGUAUGGAGGCCAUGGAGAAGCAGAUAGCAAGUCUGACCGGACUACUGCAGAGAGUUCUGAGCAGAGCGCCUGAGGCAGAAAGCCCGGAGAAGAUUGAGUCAGCCAGCGACUGCUCGGGAACUGACACUUUGACACCGUCGGCUCCUUUGGCCCUGAUGCCACCUCCGCCCUCGGGGGCCCACCAGCCUGUGACAGUGUCCCGUCUGCAGAUGCAGCUCCACCUACAGGGCCUGCAGCAGAACACCAACGCACUGCGCAAACAGCUGUCGCAGCUACGCAACAUGCAGCUGGAGAACCAGGACUCGGUCUUGUCCCUGCUGAGGCAGACGGAGUCGGAGCUGAGCCUCAUGAUGCUGGACGCCAUGCGCACACAGGAGGACCCGCUCCAGAGACAGCGCCUCCUAGUGGAGGAGGAGAGACUCAAGUACCUCAACCAGGAGGAGCUGCUCAUCCAGCAGCUGCAUGAUCUGGAGAAGUCUGUAGAGGAGCUUCAGAGGAACUCGUCAGUGAACCACGGCCUGGUGACGGAGCAGGAUGUGGAGCAGAAGAGCAAAGAGCUGAGGAUGCUGGGAGAGACGCUCACCGAGCUCAAGAACCAGUUCCCCAGUCUGCAGAGUAAGAUGCGGGUGGUGCUGAGGGUGGAGGUGGAGGCUGUUAAGUUCCUGAAAGAGGAGCCGCAUCGUCUGGACGCCCUGCUGAAGCGCUGCAACACCAUGACUGAUGCGCUCAGCACACUCCGCAGUCUCUUGUAUUCCUCCUAUAUGUACAGACAAGUCACAGAGGGUGUGUGGAAGAGCCCCGAAGACCUCUCCAGCCAAUCACAGAAGAGAGCAGAGGACAUGAGUCGCACCUCUGACCUGGACAUCCUCAACAGUCCUCCUCUCAGCCUCACCGACCUGACCACCAGCUCCGGCCUGGCCAACUGGAUGCCCGUGUCCGCCGGCGACGCUGACAUCUCUGGUCCCGAGCAGGACGUCCAGCCUUCGAUGGGCUUCAGGAACCGAGUCCUCGACGAGCUGCCGAGUCGGCGUCCGGCUGAUAAGUCUGUGUCGGCCGAAGUCAGACUGGCGGCAGAGCGGGACUGGGAGGAGAAGCGUGCCAGCUUGACCCAGUUCAGUGCCCAGGACAUCAACCGCCUGCUGGAAGAGACCCAGGCUGAGUUGAUGAAGGCCAUCCCGGACCUGGACUUCGCUGCCAGGCACAUCAACAAGCCCGCGGUGCCGCCCAAGCCCCAGAUCACCAUCCCAAUAACCUCCACCACAGCUACUUCUCCCGCAGCUGGGACCACUGGCAGCACAGCCACCACCACCACCUCCACCACCACACCCAGCAGCGACCAGCAGCCUGGCAAAGUGCAGCUGGCGGCCCAGAAGCUGAACAGUAUGGAGGGGGCUGGUUCACAUCGAGGGUCGGUGGAUCUCAACGUGGCCAGGUAUCGUACAGAGAAACCCUCCAAGUCUCCACCUCCACCUCCACCUCGCCGAAGCUUCCCGUCGGCACACGGCCUCACCACCAACCGCACCGGAGAGGUCAUCGUCACCAACAAGAAUCUGAAGAUGGAGGAAGAUGGUGAGUUGCCCAAGACUCUGGUGAAGCUGAGGCGGACCCCGUCUGACACCCCUCGACCCGCCUCGACUCCGCCUGUGAUCGCAGCGUCGGCCAUCCAGGACGAGGACGAUGAAGAGAAGAUAAUCGCUGAGUUAGAGAUAUUUCAGAGAACGCCUGUAAAAGAUUGUAAUAAUCGAUACUGCACCCUACCAAAGGCCGCCCCUGCCUGCACCUUCGGGUCCCUGGGCAGAAAGAACAGCACUCACUCUCCGGGGCCGAUGAAGGGCCCCACAGUCGCCGCCCGGCUCAAACACCUUCAGCAAGGCAGCCUAGAGAGGCCCAAAUCCCGCAAGCAGAAAGAGGAUAUCCCCAAAGUCCAGGGCCAGCAGCAGGUAUUCCACUUCUAAAACCUCCACCUCUGAUGCUCCGUCUGCCUCACCUCUCUGCUGUCACUUCCAAGAAGUUUCCCCCUGCGACUUCUGCAACAUGACACAAACUGUGUAGGCUCAACCAGCAGACAGAAUGAGAUUACACAAACACCAGAGGGGGAACUAUCUACAGAAACCUUGAUUUUUACCAGUUCUUGAUGUGUGUUUUCAGUUACUGGAUCUAACCUAGCUUGCUUAGAGAUCAAGUUUUUGUCGUACGAGUAUGUCGAUGUUUUGAUUUCCUGAGGAAGGUCUUGGUGGUGCUUGUAACUGAUUAAACUAGCUUUAUUAUUAUUAUAGACCUAUCAGAGACAUCCUCUGCCUCCAUUGUGCAGCAAAAUCUUCAGUAAUGCCACGGAAUGAUUUCAUAUCUCGACGUGACAUUGAUGAUAUUUCGCCAUUGAUCCAGCCAUGUACUCUCUCACUGAAUCCUCAUCUCUCCCGUUAUUCAUCCAGUAAUCACCACACGCUGCUCAUUUUGUGUCACCCAUCCUUUAAAUCUCAAGGUAGUGCAGCGGCAGCAAAGUAUUUCAGCACGUUUGUGUGGCUGCUAAUAAACAGCCUGAAAGGUUCCAGCCAAAAGGCCAAUCCAUUAAGCUAGCUCACUCAGAAUUGCCUUUUUUUUUAACAGCUCUAAUGCUACGACUUAUUAUGCAAGAUGACAAGAGCAAAGCACAAGGUGCAAGGUUACCCUUAAAAAGCUGUUUUUGUAGACGAGCUUUUCGGUUUAAUGUGUGCAAUAAAUGUAUUUGUAGAAGUAAGAGAAAGGAAGAGGAGCUUUGUGAAGGCAGCAGAGGAAAAACAAAAUAUAUGCAGAAAAGCAAAAAAGCUGCUGCAAAGAUUUAAAUCACUGAAGCAACUGUGUACCUAAUUUAUAGAAUUUAUUUACACCUUACCAUCUAUCUGAAUUUAUGUUGUUUAAAUAUCAUUUUUAGCUGAGCUUCCAUCGCAGGACUUUUCCUCAGAGACUGUAGGAACCUUUGGAGGAAAGUGUUUCCACUGCAGGAUUUACCUGAUCUUUGUUGGUAUUAAUCCACAGUGGAAACAGAAAACAGGAAAGCAAAGAAAGGACAUUUUUUUGUUCCUUGAAAAGUGGUUUGAAGGAUUCAAUGUUCCGUUAUUGAACUUUAAAGUAUUUUAAAGGUUUAAGAUUUAAUAAACAUUUCUUUUCCUUGCUCAAAAUGGUCUGAGGACAUAGUUGUAUGCUGGACAGAUUGGAAAGAUUUUUGGCUGUAAUUAAAUUGAUUCACCUUAAAAUUAAGACUUGAACUACCAGGCUCCCGAAGCAACAUGUCUGUCGUAUCAGGUUACACUCUGUCGGUCACCUGACCCGUGAAAGCAAUAAUAUACCAAAACCUCUUUGAAUUACAAAGAAUAAAAUUCAAGCGACUUAAAUUCA